GGAAAACACACGUUUAUUUAUUUAUGAAGCUCCGAGCGCGCCGGGAAUGUUUCUUUCGGCAGAUAUUAUAUAUUUGGUUAAGGGGGUGCAUUUCUGUUGUUUAAAAGGGAGGGAAAAGGGGGUGGAUGGUUUGUUCUUAGGGUCCCUGGUGCAAUCUCAGCUCCUCAUGGGUGCUAUUUUGCAACCUCAGGCGCCUGCUAUUGGUCAGCCCAUGAUCAGAUGGUUGUAUUUCCUUGUGUCCCUCGCUGGCACCACGCCAUCUCCCUUCAGCUAAAACCCAAUCUCCGAUAUACUACUAAUAGCUAAACCACUUGGACUAUAAAACACAACAAAUCAUAAAGCCGGGAAAGGACGGAGAGGCUCCUUCCAAUGAGUUCUUAUUUUGUCAACUCGACCUUCCCGGUGAGUCUGGCGGCGGGGCAGGAGCCCUUCCUGGGACAGAUCCCGCUCUAUCCCUCGGGCUAUGCGGAUCCUUUGAGGCACUACCCCAGCACCUACGGAGCCACGGGCGUCCAGGAGAAGGGCUACACCUCCUCUCCUUACUACCAGCAAAACAACGGAGCCUACGGCCGCGGCUCCGCCUGUGACUAUGGGGCCGGCGGCUUUUUCAGGGAGAAGGACCCCGCGUGUGCCCCCCCCAGCCUGGACGAGGUGCCCUUCGCCCCCGAGCCGCGCAAGUCGGACUGCGCGCAGAGCAAAACUGUGUUCGGAGAGAGCGAGGAGCAAAAGUGUUCCGCCCCGGUUUACCCCUGGAUGCAGCGGAUGAACUCUUGCAAUAGUUCUUCCUUCGGGCCCAGCGGCCGUCGAGGCCGCCAGACCUACACCCGCUACCAGACGCUGGAGCUGGAGAAGGAAUUCCACUUCAACCGCUACCUGACCCGGCGCCGGCGGAUCGAGAUCGCGCACUCCCUGUGCCUGACCGAGCGGCAGAUCAAAAUCUGGUUCCAGAACCGCCGCAUGAAGUGGAAAAAAGAGAACAAACUGCUCAACUCCUCGCAGCUCAGCGCCGAGGAGGAGGAGGAGAAAACGGCGGAGUGAAAGGAUUAUUUAAAAGCACACAAAAAAAAAAAAAAAAAAAAAAAAGAAAAAAAAAAGGGGAGAAAUUCGGGAGUGAGUGAGGGAGUGUGAGAGCCGAGAGGAUGAGGGGGGUGUGGGCUGGCUGCGGGGACAGGGGGAACCUGCGCGUUGGUGGGACAAGCCCUCUGCAGCAGAAAGUUUGGGCCACCAAUGCCAUGGACUCGUAUUCCCAGUCGUGUCCAGCAAAAAAAAAAAAAAAUCAGGCUUCUAGUCGCGUUUGGAAUAUUUUUUUUUUCC